UCAAUCACGUGACCCUCCAGUUUUCUUUUUAUGUCAAGCAUUUGCCCUUCAAACGACAUUAGUUGAAUCGUCCUUUGAGAGGAAGAUCUCUUGACAUUUUGUUAACUUUCAAAAUUUGCAAUGGCAAAAGUUGGUAUCAACGGAUUUGGACGUAUUGGACGUUUGGUCCUCCGAGCUUCCAUCGAACGGGGAGCUGAUGUCGUUCUUAUCAAUGAUCCCUUCCUCAAUGUCGACUACAUGGUGUACCUCUUCAAAUUUGAUUCCACUCACGGACGAUUCAAAGGUUGCGUAUAUUCCGAUGGUACCAAUCUUGUUGUCAAUGGAAAGAAAAUCGCAGUAUCUCAAGAGAAGGAUCCUAAGAGCAUUCCUUGGGGCAAAUAUGGGGCUGAUUAUGUUGUGGAAUCUACCGGCGUAUUCACCACCAUCGAAAAAGCCAGUGCUCAUUUGGAAGGAGGUGCCAAAAGAGUGAUAAUAACUGCUCCUUCAGCUGAUGCCCCAAUGUACGUCUGUGGCGUUAACCUUGAUGCUUACGAUCCAAAGGAUAAGAUCAUCUCGAACGCUUCCUGCACCACCAACUGUUUGGCUCCUCUUGCUAAAGUUAUCCACGACAACUUUGAAAUUGUUGAGGGUCUCAUGACCACCGUGCACGCAACCACAGCAACCCAGAAGACUGUCGACGGUCCUUCUGGUAAACUGUGGCGUGACGGUCGUGGUGCUGGACAAAACAUCAUUCCAGCUUCAACUGGCGCUGCUAAGGCAGUAACGAAAGUCAUUCCUUCACUCGUCGGCAAACUCACUGGAAUGGCCUUCCGUGUGCCAGUGGCCAAUGUUUCGGUCGUCGACUUGACUUGCCGUCUCGGCAAGCCAGCUACCUAUGACGAAAUCAAAGCUAAAGUCAAGGAGGCCGCCGAAGGACCAUUGAAGGGCAUUCUGGAUUACACAGAGGAGGCUGUCGUAUCCUCUGACUUCAUCGGGGAUACUCAUUCGUCCAUCUUUGACGCUACGUCUGGCAUCCAACUCAACCCACAGUUUGUGAAAUUGGUUUCUUGGUACGAUAACGAGUUUGGUUAUUCCAACAGGGUUGUCGAUUUGAUCAAGUUCGUUGCUAGCAAAGAUGCAUAAGGAGAUUUUUGUGCUCAUUGAGAAUGAAAUUUUCUUUUUAAGCCACAGCUAGGCUGUGGUGGAAACAUUCUGAUCGAAAUUGAAAUGAACUAGAUAGUAGUUCUUUCACAUAUUAAUUCAACUGAACGUACUUUUUCGCGAAUUUUUAUUUAUAUAUACCCAAUUUCAGAAUACAUGUCGAAUAAAAAGAA